ACGAGCUUUAUCAACAGAAACUGUCAGUACACGAGUGCAGGAAUCAUGAAACCAGUUGUUUCUACCGGUAAUGCGUACUGUUGUACGAUAUUAUCUGCGUUUGCUAUAGUCAUAUUGUCAUUUAUUGGGUAUUUAUUCCGAAUUGGACAUGAAUCUAUGAUGGGGUCAAUUAAUGACCCUGAAGAUGGUAAAGCAGUAGCUGAAACUGUAUUUGGAGCAGUAUUUGUUUAUUUGGCGUUCUUUGUGUUCUGUGGAUUACAAGUAUUUUUAAUUAGAAGACAGGAUAGAAUCCAAUUGAGUUAGACUCCUGAUGACUAUUCCCAUAACAAUCAACAAUUACCACAAGACAAUUGACUAAUUCAUAUUUUCAGUUCUACGUAACAGCUAUAAUUAAUUAUAUUAGGGUUGUUGCCUUAUGUUCUUUUCAAUUAAGUUUAUAGAAAAAAAUCAUAAUAUCUUUACAGAAUAUAUAUAUCUAAAAUAG